GUGGUACACAACAAUCACCUUAGCAGUCUACGGUAACCCGACUCAAGUGCUGCCUGAAACCCCAGUAGGUGCUAACCCACCUCCAACUGUACAAAGACCUGCAGUUCCCGUGAGGUCGUGCCACCGCCUGCAGUAG